AUGAAAUUGAAAAAGGAGAUGACAAACAUUCAGGAGUUGAAAGCAGCUGCGAAUCGUAGCUCCUCGCUUGCCAGUGAUGUUUGUAAUGUGCUAGGGGCCUGUGAGCAAAGAUUGCAGCAGCUGGAGACUGCUGUUUUACCUUUAUAUGGAGAUACAGCACGCUUACAGCAUAUACAUCAGAAUAUGGAACGCACAGUGAAAUCUCUGGAUCAUGUGAUAAACUACUACAUGGUAUCCAGAGAAUUGGCUGACCUUAUUCAAGCUGGACCACACACAUCAUCUACAGAGUCUUUGAACAUUUAUUUAGAGGCUUUAGAUAAAUUAUCAGAGGCACAGAACUAUUUUAAUAAGAACAAUCCCCAAAGUGUGGAGCUGGAGAAUAUAAACCAAUUAUACAAUACUGGUGUGUCAAAACUUGAGAAUGCCUUUGAAGAGUUACUUAGCCGUAACACAAGACCUCUGUCCCCAACUACACUUAUGGACAUGAUUGCCUUAGAAGAAGACUCUAGCGUGGACAGUGUAAGCAUAAGUGGCAGUGGAUCCACUUCGGGCACCGCGUUGGAAACCAUGCGGGCAGCCGCGGCCUGGCUCAGUGCGGCUGGAAGACCACCUGCUGGACCUCUGUUGGCUAUACGAGCACCUGCCGCUAAGAGCUCUUUCAAUGCCUUCAAGGAUUACCUAAGGUCAAGGUCUAUGGCUGCGUCACCGCUUAUGAAAUCCAAAAAUCAACUCAAUCGAUCAGAUAGUACAAAGAAGACAAGUAAAUUGCAAAAAGUGUUGGAGAAGCGCGCGAACAAGUUGAUGUUAAAAGCUUCGCAGACGUUGGAGCAGUCAACCGGGCUUGCAAUCGGUCCGCGACGGUCUUUGAAUGAGACUUACGGCGAGGAGUCGUGCGCGGCGGAGGAGCGUGAGGCGGAGGUGGCUGGGUCGCUGGCUGCGUGCGUGUGCCGGCUAGCGCGGCACGAGCAGCGAGCGGCGCUCGGGCUGGUGCCGCUGGCGCGCCUUCCUGCGCUGCUUGCUGCCACGCUUCGCGACUGCUUCGCUGCGCUCGCCGCUGACGUUGACCGUGCGUGUGCACGUGUACACCGCGCGGCGGCGCGCUGCUCGGGCGGCGCGGCGGCGUGCUGGGCGCUGCUGGCGCGCCUCACGCGCCUACAGCCCGACCUGCAGCGCGCGCUGCACCCCGCCUCGCCGGCGCCCUACCUCGCCAUCGUGCAGGCCUGCCAGCAACACUGCGUGCGCACGCUGGAGGAGUGGAUCGAGGGUGUGAAGAGCGACACGGCGGCGGGCGCGGUGGACGGCACCGUGCACCAGCUGGCGGCCGCCGCGCUCGCCUACUGCCACGCGCUCGCCGCGCACAUGCACACCGUCGGCCAGGCACUGUCCACGGAGCCGUCGUACGUACGAGCCGCUAGUCAGAUAACUGGCGUGCAGGACAGAAAUGCUCUGAUGCUCGCAAUUUACAUGCGCAAAGUUCUGGCUCAAUUAAACUUGGCGUUACGGACCAAGAGCGAGCAGUAUCCCGACGCUUUGAAAGCGAUCUUCCUGCUCAACAACACACUGUAUUUGCUGCAGGGUCUCCAACGCAGCGGUCUCUUAGACGUCCUGAUGCUGGCCGAGCCGGAGUGCGAGACCAGCUACCGCGAUAUGAUACAGGACUACAAGAACGCAUACUUGCAGAGCUGGAACAAGUUGCUGUCGCACAUAGCGCUGGACGAGCCGCUUCCUAGUAAACUGCGCGACAAAGACAGACAGCUACUGAAGGAUAAAUUUGCGUCGUUCAACCGCGAGUGGGAGGAGAUGACGCGUGCGCAGCGCGGCUACAGCGUGCCCGACGCGGAGCUGCGCGAGGCGCUGAAGCGCGACAACAAGCAGGCGCUGCUGCCCGCCUACACCGCCUUCUACGACGCGCACGCAGCGCUGCCCUUCUCCAAGCACCCCGAGAAGUACGUCAAGUACACGCCCGUGCAGGUGAGCCACACUACAGGCUGCAGGCCACAGGGCAACAAGCAGGCGCUGUUGCACGCCUAUACUGCCUUCUACGACGCGCACGCAGCGCUGCCCUUCUCCAAGCACCCCGAGAAGUACGUCAAGUACACGCCCGUGCAGGUGAGCCACACUACAGGCUGCAGGCCACAGGGCAACAAGCAGGCGCUGUUGCACGCCUACACUGCCUUCUACGACGCGCACGCAGCGCUGCCCUUCUCCAAGCACCCCGAGAAGUACGUCAAGUACACGCCCGUGCAGGUGAGCCACACUACAGGCUGCAGGCCACAGGGCAACAAGCAGGCGCUGUUGCACGCCUACACUGCCUUCUACGACGCGCACGCAGCGCUGCCCUUCUCCAAGCACCCCGAGAAGUACGUCAAGUACACGCCCGUGCAGGUGAGCCACACUACAGGCUGCAGGCCACAGGGCAACAAGCAGGCGCUGUUGCACGCCUACACUGCCUUCUACGACGCGCACGCAGCGCUGCCCUUCUCCAAGCACCCCGAGAAGUACGUCAAGUACACGCCCGUGCAGGUGAGCCACACUACAGGCUGCAGGCCACAGGGCAACAAGCAGGCGCUGUUGCACGCCUACACUGCCUUCUACGACGCGCACGCAGCGCUGCCCUUCUCCAAGCACCCCGAGAAGUACGUCAAGUACACGCCCGUGCAGGUGAGCCACACUACAGGCUGCAGGCCACAGGGCAACAAGCAGGCGCUGUUGCACGCCUACACUGCCUUCUACGACGCGCACGCAGCGCUGCCCUUUUCCAAGCACCCCGAGAAGUACGUCAAGUACACGCCCGUGCAGAUUGCGACGCAAUUGGAUGGAUACUUUGACGAAGCAGCUUAG